AUGCAGACCACGGCCGCCGCAUUGACGCUUCUUGUGUCGCUCGUUGGCCUUUCGCAGGCUUUCGAGAUGACGUUCCCUAACAGCAAUGGCGGAUACUGGGUGACCAACUACACCAACACUUUGAACUGGAAAGCCAACUCGAGCGACCCGGCCUUGUUCUCGGUGCAGCUUCUCAACUCGAACAACAGCCAGCUCAACGGCAACUUCCAGAUUGGCAACGCUCUCAACACUGCUAACGGCAGCGCGCAAAUCUUUAUCGACCGCAUUCCUAGCGGCACCUACACGGUGCUGUUUGUCAACAGCAGCAACUACGAGCUUGAUCACGCCCAGGUGUACUACACGUCGAGCUCGUUUGAGGUGCGACCCAACGGCACUGAGCCUGCUCAAGUUACGGCCAACACCAACGCUGACCCGAACAGCUCGGCGACUCAGGCUGCCACUGGCUCGGCAAAUGCUACCCUCUCGAGUGCCACUGACCGCCCUAGUCGCCCUGGCAGCAACGGUGCAAUGGGCAUGGUCCAGGGCAGCACCGCCGCCAUGGUUGCAAGUGUUGCUUCCCUUGUCCUUGGCUUGGGCAUCGGUCUGCUUGCCUAA